AUGUAUCUCAGUACCUCGAACGGGAUGUCCGACUACGUGGUCAAUCCCAAUACCAUGUUUGCAACGAAGGUCCCAAUUCUGGAUAAAUCAGACGGUCGGUGGACAUGGUUCGUGUAUAUCAAAGGUCUCGCUCUGCGUAGAAAGGUCUGGAAAUAUAUUUACCCAGAGGAUGAGACUAUUACCAACGAGGAACCGGUGGAACCGACCCGACCCGUUCCAACGAAGGCUUUCAAAGAUAUGAAUGAAGGCGAGCAAUUCGCUUGGGAAAUGGAAUCCGAAGGAUACUAUAGGCUGAAGCGCAUAUACUACGAGGAGCUAGACGGCCUGACAACCGUCUGGACCGCUAUGUGGAACACCGUCAGCGAGAACCACCGUUUUGCCUUCAGGCGGAACCCCUCAGAUCGCACCAUGGGAGGAUUGGUGAUCUUCUACUUCCCGACCUUUUACCGACGGUGGCUGUAG